AUGGCAGAUUUAGAAUUAGCGGCGCGUCUACGAUAUUUGAACGAGUCGGCACAUUUCCUGGCAAAAUCGGCACCUACGACAUCAAAAUAUCUAGUGUCGCAAUGCAAUUCUCUUAUGUUUGAUCACGAAAUUGAACAACCGGAUUUGUCAAAACGAGGAUCAUGCAGUGCUUGCGGGACUAUUAUGAUAUUGGGAUCCGAAGGCAAAUUGGAAGUCAAGUCGCAAAGUUUUAAAAAGAAGCCGAUUCGAAAAAGAGCAAAAGGAGCCUCUCGUGUGGAAAAGGCGAUGAUAUAUACAUGUGGUUCUUGCACCAAGGUGACCAGACAUCGCUUGGAUCCAGCUCCUGUGGCAUCUAGGUCUAAGAACGGUGCAGUUCAGCAUGGAGCUGUCUCUAAACCCAACCACUUACCAGCGCAGAACUUGACAACUGCAAACACCAUGGGUACACCUUCUACGAAUGCAAGUAGCAAGAAAAGGGCCAAGAAUCGCAAGCUCGGUGGUCUUGGAGCAUUGCUAGCAAAGCAAAAAGCAUCACAGACAAGCUCAUCUGGGUUUGGUCUUGAUUUGAUGGACUUGAUGAAGAAAAGUUGA